AUGGUCCGCAAGAUGGCUUCAGCUGCUGCUGCUGCUGCUCCCACUCCUCAGCCUCACAGCCCUACCAUCCUCAAUGCCUCCGGUCCUCCCCCUGGACACUCCAUUACAGUCGGGAACCUCCAGACCUUUAUCCUGCCUGACAAAGUCUCCGACACCGAAGCAAACCGCAAGCUUGGCAAAGCCCUUGUCGAAGCCUGGCAGAAAGACGGUAUAUUGCAGAUAAGCAUGACACCCGAGCAGCACUCACUUUACAAAAGUGCCAAUUACGCUAGUAGACGCUUCUUCUCUAAGCCUUAUGCUCAAAAGGCUGCUUGCGUUGAUAGUCAGACUUACUCUGGCUACAUUGCCAGUGGUGAAGAGCUGACUGACGGCAUUGCUGACUACAGCGAGAUCUUUACUGUGACCAAAGACCUUGAACUCGAUGAGCCGAGGGUCGUUGCGAAAUGGCCGUGUCAUGGUCGGUGCCCUUGGCCUGACUAUGAGAUGCAGAACCCCAUGCAUCGUUACAUGAAGAGUCUGGGGGGCGUAGGAGAAACGCUCUUGCAGCUCACCGAACUGGGGCUUGGUGUACCUCAAGGGUCGCUUACCAACUACACUCAAGAUGGGUGGCAUCACCUGAGGAUCCUCCGCUUUCCUGCCAUCAAUAAAACUAAUGGCAAGGGCAAAGAAGGAAGAGGCAUUGGGUCUCACACCGACUACGGACUUCUCGUCAUUGCGGCAGCUGAUGAUGUCGGAGGCAACGAUGAAAAACUCGCAAACUGGGAAUCAAGUGCCGCUGGCUUCAAGGAAGAUGAUGAAAGAUGGGUCUUCGUUCCUCCCGCGGAGAAUGUCUUCACCUACAUCACCAACUCAGCCCUUCCCUCGACCCCUCACAAGGUCGGGCUCAAUCUCAGAGAGAGGUUCGCCUUUGCUUACUUUCAUGAGCCAAGCUUCCAGGCGGUUGUGAAGCCUCUCCCCGGCUACGACGUUGGCCAGGAGCCAAAAGAUGGAAUCCACUAUGGCAAGCACUUCACUAAUAUGUUUAUGAGAAACUACCCUCAGCGUAUUACUACACAGAGAUUGAAUGACGAGGGUCGCUAUAGGCUUUUGGAGCAGGAGAGCCUUCAAACCAUGGCUCCUUGA